GCGUCAUUUUUUCACAAACGUUUGACAAUAUAAUUUCACAAUAAAGCAAAAGAGUAAUUUGAACUCGUAAAGUAAUUAUUUUAAAUACAUAAAAGGUAAAGUACAAGGUUAUCGAGACAUUGAGCACAUAUUAGUAAACAUUUUACCUGCUUGCAAAAUACGAAAAAACCAAAAUGGAGGAAUAUAAUAAAUUGGUGGCUCAAUACGAUUACCAAUACCAAUGCAAAACGAAUGUUGAUGUAAGCAGUAGCUCCGCCAGCGACAGCAGCGACAGUGAGUCAGAAAACAACAUAACCUCUGGACUAGUCGAGCUCAACAAAAGUAUCAAGGGCAGGAGCAGCAAAGACAGCAACAACAACCCAGACAAUGUAAGUGGAAAGCGAAAGCGGAACAGCGGAACUGGAACACAACGAUUACCAACAAGGCGUCCGGAUCCAAACGUAUACAACAGAAAUGCUUUGUUGGCGCGAGAGAAUCGUCGCAAAAAGAAAGCGUACAUGGAAGCAGUCGAAAAGGAAUUGGACGAGACACGCAGCAAAAACAGAUGGUUGCUAAAGGCGCUGAAAAAGCAGUUCAAAAUAACACAAAAGCUAAAAAUGGAGUGCGAUUACUUGAAAACUAGUGUGACAACCCACAAACCAAACAAGAUCUCCAGAUGCUUUAUAAGCGAUAUUCCAACAGCAUAUAAUCAUCGUUCCGUCUCGCCAGACGGCUCAUUAAUUUCAACGAAUUCCAACAGUAGCGGCAACAGCAACAACAAUGAGAACCAGAUGGACAGUGAAUUCAUAGCAGAUAUACUGAAUGUCGACAAUGACUAUCAGCCAACGCCCGAGUAUGAGAACGAGAAUGCAGCCAACUAUCUGGACCAGAGUUUUGUUGGUCUUGCAGAUCUGGAGGCGCCGCUGGAAACCCCCUGCUUUUUAAAUAAGGUUGUCAGUCCAAUCUGGGAGUGGAGUGCAAGUUGCACGCCGCCUUCGCAGUUGCUCCAGGAUGACACUUUCUUGGACUUUGAUGACACCGCACGCAUUGCAAGUCUUUAGAUGUAUUACCUUUUUUUUUUGGUCGUCUUAAGUAUUUGUUAAUUUAGUAUCAUACAAAUUUUAAGGUGUCGAGAAUCUCGACAAUUUUAUUUUGUGAAUCGAUAUAAUUCUUUCCAUGUUCACAAAUUUUGGAUUCAAUUAGUAUAUUGCCUUAUAGAGGAACUUAUGAUAGAACGCCACGCUCACUGAAGAGGACAUUUCCUUUCGACGUUUGAACGCUGUUCCAUAAUUGCAGGCCUGCGUUUUGGAGGCGCGUUGGAUUCCUAUAUUAUUUUUAGUUGGUAUCCAGCUUGAGUCAAGCAAAUUGCAAGGUGGGUUUCCUCGAACGAUCGCGGUUGCAAAUGAGUUCCAAGUGAGACUAUGAUGAUUUUGUCCCAUUUUUUCAGUUGCGGCCAACAAAAUAAAUUCUUUCUUCGGAAGCACUCCAAAAUGGAAGCAGACGAUGAUGCAUUGAAGGCGUCACAGUCAAGUGUAUAAAAUACAAUUGAGUUCAGGCGUUUAAAAUUUUGUUGUUAAAAAAAAUAGAAA